AUUAGCCACUAGGCAGUGGGCUAGUGAUAUGUUCUUCAGACUGGUCCUAGCAAUGCUGGUACCACCAGCACUAGCGCUAUUGGCAGAGUAGCAGUAGGCGACAUGGGACGUUUCUUUUUUGGUAUGACGACGGCACGCAAACGUGCGGGCUGCAUGGAGAUUAAACUAAGACUUGCUAGUGGACAUCCAGAUCCUGGAUUGUCUUUUGUCUUGUACAUGCUUGCUAGUACCGCACAGACUUUGAACACCCUCCGAGACAUCGUCGGCCGGGAUAGGAAGACAGCUUGCGAGCCGAUAUGCUUGCACCGUCCAUCCAUACAGACUUGUGCUAGUAAGACAAGCAUGUUCUCUUCGUUCCUUGGCUGGUACGUCAUACGGGGCGAGGCAAGGGGUGGUGUAAGGGUGUCUCAUCGGACGGAUCCUCAACCUCUAAUCGGCAAAGCAGAAAGAGGAACAAAAAAAAAGGGAAUGGGGCGUUCCUCAUUAGCCACGGAUAGUCAUCGCUCUGGAGCGGCGGUCGUGCCGGACGCAAUAACGCGAAAGCGCCUAGAGAAGGGAAAGAUGGAGCAUUUGCGCUUACGAGUCUGAGAAAACUUGGUCAUCUGCUGAGCGAAGAGAUGUACUUUGAGCAUCCGGGUACAUCCAAACUAGCGCAUUUGCCCAUGAACGACGGAG